CAGAGCCGCUGGGGCAGACUGAAAACUCUACACGUUCCAAUAUGGAUUCCCGGAAGAGCAGCGCUUCAGCCCUGUGCCGGUUCGCCCGGCUCGGAGGCACGUUUCCCGCCAGCCUGCUGCUCGCUCUCUUCGUCGGGGUGUGGUAUUCACAGGCACUGGAGGUAUCUGUGGGUAAGGUACAUUAUGUCGAGGCUAUGAAUGGCAGCACUGUCCUUCUACCCUGCACCUACAGCAGCUGCAUUGGCAUCAAGAACCUCUACUUCAACUGGCAAUACAACGACAACGGGACCAUGCUGAAGCUGUGUGAGGCAGUCAUCCCCAUCGAAGGUGUGGACCCAAACGUGCGGGUCUAUCACGAGCGGGUAGAGUACGUGGGAUCCAGCAAACACAACAACAUCUCCAUCCUACUGUGGAACAUCACCUUCAGCGAUGAAGGAGAGUACACAUGUUUCGCUCGCAACCCUAAGGAAAAGAAUCGCAACCACAGUGCCAUCUUCACGCUUAUUGUGGUGGACGAGCUGAAGGUGGUGGACAACACCCUGACAGUCAUCAUUUCCUCCGUAGUAGGAGGUAUUAUUGGCUUGAUCAUUCUCAUAAUGGUGUUGAGGGCCGUCAUUCAACUCGUCAUGCGCAAGGUCCAGGAGAAGAAUAAAGAGUGCCUUGUGAGUUCUUCAGGGAUUGACAACACGGAGAACGGCAUCUCUGGAGCCAAAGCCGAGAACAAGGCUACACCAAAGGCUUGAAAACAUGUCUGUUUGUAUCUAUAUAUCUAUAUAUCUAUAUAUAUAUAUAUAUAUUUAUACAUGUAUAUAUGUAUACAGGCAAAAAAUAUAUAUAUAUGUGUUAAAUAGGUACAUAGAAAGAAUAUUACAAAAAAGGACUGUUUUUCGUUAACUACCGAAAACUUAUUAUAUAUAAGUAUAUCACAAAUAUAUACAUAUAUAUUUUAAAUUUUGCUUGAGAAUGGGGAACAUGAGAUGUACCCUGUAAUCUCUCUGGGCUGGAUCUGCGCACCCCCAUGACUACCCAAGGUGAAGACUGCACUCAAAACUGAAGUCAAUCCAGAUUGUCCCAGUGUGAAUACGACAGAACACGCUCACGAAAGCCAACUCUUCAGACUGCCUGUAAGGCAGUAAGCUGGAUACCCUCCGUAAAAUGGUAUCCACAUUCAGAGAGUAACUGAUGAUCUGUGGCCCAAUAUAGUUGUGUUCAGUCCGGCUUUGCAUUGAAAUUAACAGUAAAUCACACACUGCCACGCUGCUAAGUGCCAUAUAAAUACUACAGCACAAAAAGCAAAUUCCAGGCUUGGUUUCCUGGUUUUACAGUUGUAAGAUUCUGCCGUAAGCUUCACACCAUGAUCAAUACUGUUUUUUGUGAAGGGGAUUUUAAAUUCUGAAACAAUAUACAUGGUUCAGAUGUUAAUCCAAGACAGAAGAACAGGAGAACUUUCUUAGACACGACACGGCACUGGAUUUAAUUUUAGACACGACGACGAAUCAACACACUGUGGAUAAUUCAAUGCAAUACUUGACUGUAUACAACUAUAUAAGAUAUUCUAAAAUUGCAGUUCUGCUGACAGGUCGAUUUAGCGGAGUAGCAUGUUAGCACUGAGGUAAACCGAUUCGCAGAAUGAAUGUGAGAUGCUGAGCAGUCAUUGGAGUGUGGAUCCGGAUCCAUUCCAGUUCUGGUUCAAUUCACUUUGCUUUAGAUGAAACACAGGUGCCUGUUAAAGCUAGUAGCCUCCUCUGCUUUAAGCGAGGACAUAACCUGCUACAAAAAAACAAGAAAUAUAAAAACACUAACAAAAAAAUAAUAAAACACCUUUAAAAAGCAAAAUAAAAAAAAAUAUUAAAAAAGAGACAAUCCCUAAAAACCGAUCCCUCGUAGAAAAUGAAUGAACUAUUACAAUGCUGCUUCUAACAAUUAGCUGAUGCAUUUUUUUGGCAUGUGAAAAUAUUUUAUAUACAUAAUGCUCAACGCAGGAAAUACUGCUUAUUUAUUUUUCAAUAUUCUUCGCUUUGUUUUCCCCUUGUGUCACCAAUUUGAACUUCAAGGUGGUUCAAACUCCAAUGGCGCAAGGUCAGCUGAAAAUCUGGGCGAUGGAGAACACGGCAGGGCCAAGUGUUUCCAUGGGUCAGAAAUUUUCUGCUAAGCACCAUUGCCAAAGCCCACUUUGGUGUCCACCACAGCCCCACCUCACCUUCCUCUGUGUCCUUGGCCCUCGCUAAUGAGUGACUAAAAUAAGCACUGCGAUCCAUAUACUGCUUAUGUGACGCGUUCUGUUACCAUAGUCUUACUCCAGAAUAGAAGUUCAUCUUUGUCAUCUUGCUCGUUGUAAAGUGUUGUAAGACCUCUGGUAAGUCAGGCGAAUUCUCUUACAAAGUUAGAAAGUGCAUGCCUGGUCAUAUUCCGGAUGUCAUAGAAGUUUUGUGUACGAAGAAGGAAGGUUGAAAACAAUGGCAGGGAAUUCAUUCGAGGCCAACUUUCGAAUGCACAAACUUGUGUCUCAGUUGUACUAGCACAAGUUCACUGGAACUCAGUGUAACUAGGUUAUGCACAGUGUAACCCAGGUAAUAUCAUUAAGGUAUUCAUCCAUCCAUCCAUCCAUCCAUCCAUCUACCCACCCACCCACCCAUCCAUCCAUCCAUCCACCCUCCAACCACUUGCCUUCAAUAGGUUGUCAGUUGGGUGUAGGGUCUGGAACUUACUCUAAGCAACAAAGACCACAAGGUAAACACCAUAAAUGAAAGAUAACACACAGUAAUAUUGUUAGGCGACAGGCACAAUCCAGAGAUAUAUAAUGUACAGAAUUGUUUCAUCUAGUCCUUUAGUUCAGUGCCAAGGUCUGUAGAACCUAAAAUGUAGAAUUAUUCUGCUGCAGAAUCCAAAGUGCAUAGGUCAACCAAAGGUCACCAGCAGAGGGCACUGUGAGGUAUUGCUAAAGUGCAAUGGUGGGCACUAGAGUCCGGCCCAAGUGCAACGACAAUACAUUUUAGAAACAAAUGUAAUCAGUUAUAUUGCCAAACAGUGAUAAAAAUCAGUAUUAUUAUAGUAUAUUCGGAGUUCCUUUACACUAAAGUUUUCUCAAGUAUAUUGUAAUUCUAAAGGUUAUAUAUCAACGAAUGAUGCAUCAGUACCUCUUUAAUCUAAUGUUGCCAUUUAACGUUGCUAAUAUACCUCUUCACAUUGCUUUUGUGCAUUAACUGCAGAACAACUGUCACUGAAUGUCACUUUGAAUCAUUCAGCUGCAAAUGCAAAUGCUGGAAUUGCAAAUGCAUACAGUAUGCCUGCUCCCACCACUGCAUGGUAGAGGGGGUGGGCCGGUGGCAGGGAAAGCGUCUUCUGGCACUUUAACAAGGGAGGUUCACCAACGUUUGAGUGUGCGGAAUAUCGUUAUCAUUUUAAAAGAAUGAUACAGAUGCAAUGCAUCAUGGGGCAGGAAUGGAAGAUGUGCAGUGAUUAGCCAUAUUUUGAAAGAAUAUGAAUAUUGCCACCUUCCACCUUGAUGAGCACAUGCCAGCAAGUGUUUUUAAGAAAAAAACACGUAAUUUUCCUGCGGGAAUUGGGGAGCUGCUACAGCCUGAGGAGUGAGUAGGGUAAUGACUUGGGGAGUCAAAGCGCUGGACGGCAUAACUCGUGACUCAGUCACCUACAGGCUGAACGUUUGCUUCUCCACUUCCUACAGGACCUGCAUUAAUGACUCAAUUAACACUUUAUUAUCACACUGUGCUUGUUUUUGGAAUUUAGUUUUCAUUCUUAGAGAAAAAUAAUAUCGCUAGCAAUAAUAAACGUAAUCGUGCUUAUUUUAAGAAAUCAGGCAAUGCAAUAGCCAGCAUUAAUGAUGCAUGUGCCCAGUACAUCCCUGACAGCCAUCAAUCCUUGAUCUUGACAUGGAAUUAAAGCCUGGAGUCGCUUUGUCUAUCGAAUGCACUAUUUUUUUAGCUGUUCCUAUUGGUCAGGGCAUGCUAACCUUUUGUUCUCAUUUUGUUGUAAGAAAAUGGCACUAAGAAAUGUGCCUUUUUUUAUUUCCUGUCAGCUGCCGGUCUCUGCCUAGGGAGAGACCUGUGGCGACACAUGUACCAUGUUUGUGGUGGAUCACUGACGCAUGUACACACAGAAAAACACACAGGACGAACAACCAGCAAGGCCAGAAGCUUUUUGUCAAAGGGGUGCUUGCCUGAGUUGCUGGCAGAGAAUUAGAAGUGCAGAAAAAGUUCAUCAGUCACUGUGACUGACGAGUCGAUACGUUUGGUGAUAUAUGAUGUAAGUUCUCUAAGUUCAUAUAUAUUGACAAGCUCAUUGGUAGCCUGAUACAAGUGUAAAUGCAGACUGACAGGUGGGGGGGGGGAGAACAAUCUCUAGCUCCUGUUGUGUUUUUCUGUUUAAUCAUCCUGUUUGGUUUUGCUCUGCGAGAGUCACUGAGACCUUUAGCACAAGCAAAGGCUAAAACCUGACUUAUUUCUUCCUGAACGUUCCCAUCUCAGAUGACUGUGUCAAGUGUAGUUAAAGAAGUCUCAGUCUCUGGGCUUGACUGCUUAGGUCUGGCUGUAACAGGGCUGGGAGGACCAUGUGAUAGUGUCACAGAGGACUCACUGCAUGCCUCUUCCCCUCCCUCGCCCCCAAACCUGCGCCACAGUAACAUACAUACAGCUCUCACCUAACCAGGAUUCCAAGAUGGCAGCUGGGCCCCUACAAAGGCAUGUGCUCAGGCAGCAUGAAACUUAAUAAUAAACUUAAUAACCGAUAUUAAAAAGCUGGGCUUCAACAGAACUUAAGCAGGGGACCAACGGGGUCUAAAUUUCCAGGCCUGUUUUUCACUUACAAAAUAUGACUAGCAAAUUCUAAAAUGUAUGUUGUUCUCUUUGGAAAUUUUUUUCAAUUUCAAACACGUGAUUAAAAAAAGAAAAAGUGAUUCGAAAGUACAAAUCCUGAUAAUACUGCAGUUUUUACCUGAAUUUUAAAUGACUAUCCAUGGCUCACUGCCUGAGCGGCUCCUGCUCUCACUGCCACGCCAUGAGUUUGUGAAGUCUGCUCUGCUCGACACAUUCCAGCGCAGAGAUGGCCGUCGAGUCUCCUCACAGGCUGCCCCCUCGUUCGCCCAGCUGUCCCUCCCGUACCCCAAUGCUGGACAAACUGUAGCCCAUCUACAAUCCAGUUACGAUCUGACCCUCGUGGCCGACACCGCGAGAGAGGCUAAAGUUUCCCAUUGACGGGCAACCCACACUGGCUUUGGUAGGAGCUUUCGGGACGGUCUGACGGCACGCCACACAAUGGCGGCGAUAUGGCGGGCAGGAUGGGAGAGUCCGCAGGCGAGAUCCACACACACACACACGUUCAGCCACAUGAGGCGGGAACAUCUACAUAGACGUCUUGACUUUGACCUCUACUGCACAUCCUCAUUUCAUUAGAGGUUGAGCUGUUUUCAUCAGACGUUCACUCUUCCCCCCCCCCAUUUUGAAAUGCUACUGUACUUUGUGGGUCAAAAAAAAAUGGGGAAAGCUAGCUCUGUGGGGCCCUUGACAGAGACCCCCUCCCCCCUUACCCCAGGCUCUGCUGUAAUUCUCCGUGGGACACUUUGUCGCCCCACUCAGUUCCUCUGUCCUCAUGGCUUGUUUCAGAACAAAAAUAAAGCAAAUGUGCAACCGAUUCCACCUUGUCCUCCUUACAAUAUCCUUCAUCUAUCUGCUCAUGACUAUGCACUAAAGUAGUUUAUCUGGAUUGUAAAAAAAAAAAAAAAAGUAUCUAUUAAGAAUAAAACUUUGGAUAAAA